UGUAUGCAAAGUAAAGUACUGGCAUGAUUUACAAGUACGAAAACUUCUUACCAAAGCAGUGCUAGAUAAGAAAGUUUGAUAAUUAUAUAUAUAUAUAUGUAAACGGGAUUCUAAAUAAUACAAUUAUACAUAAAACCCAACCGCCAUCGGAUACAAAGCAUGAAGUCGAAACAAAUUUGUAUUGCUACCAUAGCAUUAAUUUCCUCAAUGCAACUCAUUUUGGCAUACAAUUUACAAUACAUUGGCAAUUUUACAGUCAGCCAUCCAGGAUUUUUGAGCUUGAUUCGAACACAGGAUACUGGCAGAAUAAACGAUGAUUAUUCCCUGUUUGUGUCUAGUUUUAACGGAGCACCUUUUACUACAGAUCACGUGUACUUCAUACCAGCUAUUGGAACUGUUGUACAAACAUUUCAAAGCAAUGGUCACCAUACAGUGAAACAUACUACAUUGAGUAGUAAUAUUGUCUGGCCUAACGAGGUCAAUCAAGUUCCAGAUGACGUAUUCGGUAAGAAAAUGAUGUCGAUUGCCGGUGGCUUUCUGGUUCCAUUAAAAACAAAAGGAAGUAUUCGAUUAGUAGACUUGUCUACAGGUACCCCACAACGACCAACGGAAAUUACAACUGGAUCAGACGACCAUCACUGGUUUUACCACAGAGUAUUAUGGCUCGAUAUGAAUGGGGAUGGAAAGAAAGAUGCUGUUACGUGUCGAGCCAAAAAGUCACUUCUGGGUAGUGGUACUGGACAGUUAGUUUGGUACGAGCAUCCACAGACGGAUAGCAUUAGUAACCCAUGGCACCAUUUUAUCAUUGCUGACCAUUCGGACACUUUCUUUGAUAUAACAACAUUGACCACACCUGCAGGGACCAAUACUGUCAUAGUAACAACUGGCUUCUUUUCAAAUCAACUGAAAAUCUACUGGACAACAGAUCCUGCAGGAAAAUGGACGGACACUCUCAAGAUUAAAUCAAGAGUGAUUGAAGAACAUAUUGGUCACGUGUUUGAUGUACAGAUCGAUGACGUAAAUAAUGAUGGGAAAUCAGAUUUAUUAGUCACUUCAAAUGGUCUUAGUAAUACCGCUGUCUAUGUUUAUGAAAUACCAGCGGAUUUCAGAACGCAAACGUUUACUCGACACACAAUCAUGACAGGCUUUAAAUCACACAAUCUUCUUCCCGGCGGUGGUGCACCAGGAUCGGCUAAAACUAUUAGGAAUCCAUCAAUAAACAAUGGAAAGCCCCUCAUUUUAUUGUCCGGUGACGAUGACAGCCAUGCUUACAUCUUAAAUGCUGAUUCUGAAAGUGUAUCUAAUUGGUCAUACCAUUCUAAAAAAAUAUUAGAUACAAAAGGUGGAACCGUUGGUGGAAUCACGUCACAUGAUAUAGACGGAGAUGGACAUCUUGAGAUAUUCGUUCCUGCAUAUUCAAAUAAUUUGAUACAUAUCUUCAAACUUUUGCCAUAAAUUAAACACUACAGCAAAUAUACCGAAUGGGUACUUUUAAUAAAUGAAUAAAGAAAGGAAAGUUUCUUCUUUUGUACCAUGCCUGAUUUGG